AAAAGACAGUCCAGGAUGGAUUUAUCCUGUAACGAAACAAUGAUUAAUGAUGAAAAUGAAUAUAAUUUGUAUGUAGAAUAUCAGUCGGAUGAGAAGCCGGCAACAAGUGCUGGUGGUAUACAGCAGCAACAGCAACCGACUGUUCAAGCAUCAUUAGGCUCAAAUGGUAUUGGAAAAUUAUAUUCAAAUGCGUGUACGGAUCCGACAUUCCUCAGAGAUCGAUGCUUGAAGAAUCUAUUGACUUCACAGAAGCGCUACAAGACGCCGUCAUGUAGCUACUUCGGUACUAUUCAGAAAACUCUAACGCCACAAAUGCGAAAAAUUGUAGCCGAAUGGGUCAUUGAGUUGUGUGAAGAACGUGAAUGCCAGGAAGAGGUUCCAAUUCUCGCAAUCAACUAUAUGGAUCGUGUGCUCAAUAAAUUGCCAAUAAGCAAGAAUAAUUUACAGCUAUUAGCGGCGACAUGCACAUUUCUUGCAUCAAAACUACGUGAGCCAUCAACACAUGCACUCCAGCCUGAGGUCUUGAUAUACUACACUGACAAUAGCAUUACCAAAAGAGACUUGAUGGAUACUGAACUGUUGGUGCUCGGCUGCCUUAAAUGGGACGUCUCAUGUGUGACACCGCUCGAUUUUAUCGAUCUAAUCAUUUCACGCUUACCAAUCAUUAAUAAAAAUUGCAACGACAUUGAUCCCGAGAAGAUUAGAAAACAUGCUCAAGCCUUUAUAUCAUUGGCUGUACGAGAACACGAUUUUUCAAUUUAUUCGGCUAGCAAUAUUGCUGCAUCAAGUAUCGCCGCAUCAUUGAGUGGACUCAAUUGGCACGCCAAAAGUCGCAUUUCGAUCUACGAUUUAGUCGAUAAAUUGGCUGAAUUGUCUGAAUCAGAUAGUAAAUUUAUCAUUUCAUGUAUGAAUAAAAUGGAGCAACUAUUUCAAGAGCAACGUCGUAAUCUUCUCAAUAUGAUGAUGCUCGCGAAACAAGGAGGUCUAUCUGCAUCAAUUAACAAGGUUGAGUCAAUGAAACAACCACUCAAAGAACAAAAUAAACAACAGCCAAAAAGAAAUCAGGAAACGACAAAAAAUAAGAAAAAGAAACAAAAAUCGUCGUCGCACGUUGAGGAUGUUGAUUUUUAGGAUGAAUGAUGAAAAGUUCAAACCAUACAAAGCUAAAAAGAAAAUUCUUCCUUCAUGGACGAUGCAAUUCAACCUUAUUCUACGAUCUUAUUUCAUUAAUUAAUUUUCUUUUCGAAAUGUUUUUAAUCACUUCCAUGGAAUUUUUUUACGAGGAAGAUCAGUACAUCGCUGUAUAUCUUUUAUGUAAAUAUCUUCGUGAUGGAUGCUAUGUUAAUUUCACUCGCCACUCACGCAAUCAAUUUAUAUACGAUGUGCACAUAAUGCUGUGAGGUGAAUCAACAAAUUUUGAUGAUGGAAAAAAAACGUGAAAAGAAAAAAAAUUCGUUUGGUGCUAUUCUUGACGACAGU